UCCUCUGAGACUUCAAAAUAAGCGUAGGACUGGCAAAGUACGGGUACGCACUGACCCUCUCUUGGAGUGGGGCUGGGAACAUCCAUGAUAACUCAUCUUCCCAAUGGCUAGCAGCAUCUGCGAGUUUUAUGACCUUUGGCACGUGUGAAAAGUGAAACUGGAUAUUGCUUACGUUGCAUUGACAUACUGAUUGUCUGGCUGGAUAUCGUCUUUAAUAUUUAAUUCUGCACAAGAUAAAUCACCAGGAUAAUAUGGUACGCCUGGGAGAAUGUAAAUGGACUCACAUGUUCCCUUUUCUGAUGGUGUCACUCGUGUAUUCUGCUAAUGCUGAAUAUUCUAACUGUGGUGAAAAUGAAUACUACAACCAGACAACUGGAACAUGUCAUGAAUGUCCACAGUGUGAGCCGGGAGAAGAACCCUAUAUGACAUGUGGCUAUGGCACCAGAGAUGAAGACUAUGGCUGUGUCCCUUGCCCAGCUAAAAAGUUUUCCAAAGGCGGGUACCAGAUAUGCAGGCGGCACAAGGACUGUGAAGUGUAUUUUAGGGCAACAGUAUUGACCCCUGGAGAUCAAGAAAAUGAUGCAGAAUGUGGACCCUGUCUUCCUGGUUACUACAUGCUGGAGAACAGGCCAAGGAACAUGUAUGGCAUGGUUUGCCUCUUAUGCUCACAGGCGCCUCCCAACACAAAAGAAUGUAUAGGUGUUACUUCUGGGGUGUCAGUCGGUUUCCCAAGUACUUCUGGAACAAGCACUCGUUCUCCUUUCCAGCAUGUGCACAAAGGAGAUCUUUCUGGUCAAGGACAUCUUGCUACUGCUCUGAUCAUUGCGAUGUCUACAAUUUUCAUCAUGGCUAUUGCUAUUGUCCUGAUCAUCAUGUUUUACAUUGUGAAAACUAGAACUUCUGCUCAAGCUUGCUGCACUAGCCAUUCAGUGAAGACUGUGGAAGCCCAGGUCAACGUGCAGGAAGAAAAAAAAGAACUGGAAGAAAACGUUGUGAUUUUCUCAGAGAAAGAUGAAUUUGGAAAGCUGACAGCAACACCAGCUAAGGUUGUCAAAAGUGAAAACGAUGCAUCAUCAGAAAAUGAGCGGCUUUUAAGUCGUAGCAUGGACAGUGAUGAAGAAGCUGCGAUUGACAAGCAAGGCACUCCAGAACUGUGCUUGUUGUCUCUAGUCCAUUUGGCCAGGGAUAAAUCUUACACAAACAACAAAUCAACUGGCAUUCAAAGCCGGAGGAAAAAGAUUCUGGAUCUAUAUGCUAACGUGUGUGGUGUUGCAGAAGGCCUCAGCCCCACAGAGCUUCCAUUUGAUUGCCUAGAGAAGACCAGCCGGAUGCUCAGCUCUACAUAUAACACAGAGAAAGCCAUUGUGAAGACAUGGCGCCACCUUGCCGAGAGCUUUGGAUUGAAGCGUGAUGAAAUAGGAGGCAUGACGGAUGGCAUGCAGCUCUUUGACCGUAUUAGUACCGCCGGCUACAGUAUUCCAGAACUGCUGACAAAACUAGUACAGAUCGAACGGUUGGAUGCUGUGGAGUCUCUCUGUGCAGAUAUCUUGGAGUGGGCACAAGUGAUGCCCAAACCUGACCCAGUUACAGACUCAUGAUGGGCAUAUUCGUGAUCUUCAUUUCCAAAAGGAUUUGUGGAAAAUGCAGAACCCUGGAGCCAUGGGUCCCAGAAUGGGACAGACUCUUGGAAGCACUGAUGGCUUUCAGAUUUCAGUAGCAUUUCGGUUGGUUUGAGAAUAUAGUGAGCCAAGUCUUGUUACUGGUUGCCACUGAUCAAAUUGAAGGACCUCAGCUUGAAGACUUCUUGAAUUGGAAUCAUUUGGCCUGAAAAAAGAGAGAUUAAUAUUAAUUUCCAGCCGAACUCACAAGUACAGAUACUGAUCAGCUGCCAAUGUCAGUGCUGGCUUUGAAGAUAUCCAGCUUAAUUGCUUUGACUUGAUUUGCUUCAAUCUGCCACAGUUGCUACCCAACAUCAGAUACAGUACUGCAGGAUGCAGAUAAGAAGCUUGCCAGUUUUGCUAUACCUAGCAUUUACAUGAUUAUCAGUUUCAUUUUCUGUGUAACACGUAGGGUUUUUAAAAGUCAGCAGGCAUGAGAAUGAAGUUAUAGUGGCUUAGAUUAGUUGAAUUGCAAUUUGUAUCAUGUUUGAGUCCAAGUUUUCCCAUUUCAACACAUAGUAUGGCUCGGGCAUGUGCGGUCUGCACAGAAUCCAUACAUACUAAUGAAAAUAUAUGCUAAUUAUAAAGUCAGCAGACAUUAUUUAUGAAUAUGGUGCUUCAUUAAGUAAAAUAAUUAUGUAGCUAUCUCUGAUGCUUCAGAAAGGAACGAAUCAAUCCUUAAGGUGGGAAUGUGAGGGACUUCGGUCAAUACAGAGGAAGGAGAUUCAGUACUUAAGUGUAGGAGAUAAAGUGUGUACAGUUAAGUUUAUUACAUUUUAUUUUUAAAAAGAAUCAGAUGUCUUAUAGACGGUAUUUCAACUUUGUCAGCUACCCAGACAAAAGAUACAUAUACAUUUCGUUCCUUGCAUUUCUGAUCUAUUUUAGCCAAAAUAGUUUUUCAGAGAUAGCUAUAAUAGGAAUUAUUCAGCAAAUUGUCACUAAGAAGAUAAAUAAUUGCUGCCAAAUAAUUUAAAAACAGUGUGGUGUUGUGGAGUUUCUGGGAUGU